UUCAUUCGCAUUUCUCUCUCUCUGACACACACAAAACUCAGAUCUCGACCAGUUAGUUCAAUCAUUCAGCAGCGGUUAUGGAGAAUCUGUCUACGGAUCUGUGCCUGAAGAUCUUCUGUUUAUUAGAUCAUCAGAACCUCGCAACAAUUCAACAAGUGUGUAGGAGGUGGAAUGUCUUGGGUUCGGUCAAUGAAGUGUGGUUAAAUCUAUUCAAGAAAAGAUGGGGAGAUAAUCGAGUUUCCUUUUACACGCCUUCUCAAUCAUCCAAAACAUGGAAAGUGGUAUAUGAAGUCCAAGAUCGUUGUGAUCGGGUUGGACUAGGGCUGAAGAUAAUAAGAGAAGGCAGUGACUAUUAUCUUGUUCACAAAGGUGAAAUUCAACUCCAUUUGGGUUCUAACCAUUACAAGGCGCCUGAACUUGGCCUCCCUAUCGAAAACCGACAUACUGAAGAUGAUGAACCGAGAUCGGGGAUUCUGGAUAAGAUCCUUUUCUUCGUUGGGGACUUGGAAACUGCCUCAACAUGUGCAAAACGUAGAAGAAGAGAUGAUGCAUGACUUUAUUUAUUUAUCUAAUUCCUUAACCUGUACAAAAUUUGUAUGUAUUCAUGUAUUUAUCUAUUUCCUUUUCUCAUUCUUUCCCAACUCAUCUGUAAUAAAUUACUUCCAAGAAGAUUUGAAAUUUAAUUUUAUGAAAGAUAUAACAAGUUUGGUAA